GCUGACUCAGCACAUGUUAGAGCCAUGAAACGUGUAAACUAUUGCACAACCUUAGUACAAUGGACAUUUACUGUUUACUUUCUGUCUCAAGGUAAGUUAAGAGCGUCAAAAGAUCUAAAUUUAUCUUUAAAUUGAGAAGUCCCUUUCAGGGCCGACGCUUCGCAAAGUAUUCGUUUCAAGAGAAGCUGUAUAUCCGUUUGAAAUAGCCGUUCAUAAUAGCCGUUCAUAAUCAAUCGCACAUAUUUUACCCCAUUCUUCGACAAUAGACGCUCUUUUUGGCCUCUUAUUUCGACUCUAAUUGUGUGGUUAUGAUUCGAAACCAAGAGCUCUUUGGUUUUGUCGUGAGUCCCAGUUUGGUUUUGCGGUGAGCCGACAUUUUAGUUUUACCAUGAGGUAUUUGUUAUAACCGUGACGGUUGUGUUGUGGGCCUCCGUUUUAUUCCGAUUCGACCGAUAAACUAAACAACGGUUUAAAUACUAUCACUGAAUAAAGGGAGUAAGUUUCUAAAGAAACUGUGGGGCUGCGUUAGUGGUAGAGUAUAACAAGAUAAUUUGGUUAUAAGUUGAUGAUUUAAAGGCUCGAAAUGAACAACAAAGUACUUGCUUCCGGUCAACGCAAUCAACCCCUGACUGCGUUAGCCGAAAAAAAAAUCUUUCCCGUGGGUCCAAAGCAAGGUCAACACAAACUAUGCACAUCCAAUGGGAAACUCAUAGACGAUAACUUAAAACCAAAUAACAUCGGAUUAUCAAUUCAUAGAGUAACUAAAUUCUCAAAAUAAACAAAAGACCAAAUCAUUCUAAACUGACAAACUAAUUAUAAACGAACUUAAUAUUUCAUAACAAAGCCGAAUUAUCCUGUAAAUACUAUAUCGUUGUUUGUUAUAAAUAUAGAUAUGCUAUUCACCAGCCGGGAUGAUUACAUCAAUGCAAUAAAGUCCAAAUUUACUCGGGUAUCUGAGUAGCAUAAAAUUUAAAACUCUGAAGAUUGCUUUUAAAAUUUUUGUAUUCAAAUUUUUCAGCUAUCAUGGCAACUGCAGGAGCUGUCUGUCUUGAUUCUACUGAUACAUUUGCAGUCAAUUCUGGAGUUAACGCAAGCCUUCCUUUCAACGCAUCAGAUGAUGAGAAUCUAAACGAUUUCCGAGUCUAUCGUGCUCAGAAAAACUCUAUGGAAUUUGCUCACAUGACAAAAGAUAAAUCGAAAGGCGAUUGUUCUGGUUCAUUGUCGGAUCUUUGUGCGAAGGGGAAGGUAGAAUUUAGGAGAGAUAACCAAACUCAUUUGUUACUGGUGAUGAUUUUCCAUACCACUAUUAAUGAUAGUGGUCAAUACGCAGUCUGGGCUAAAUUUGACAGUGGUAAUUUACAUCCAGACGAGAAAACAGCGAAAUGCCUUAAAGUGAUACAUAUGAAAGUAGAAGGUAAGGAAUGUAUAUGUGUCAUCUUUAUUAUCAAAGUAUCCUGCUACUGUUCCCCAUCAGAGAGCAAGGAGAUAUCUCAGUAAGGUUAUCUACUAUUUUAUUCCCAAGUAACUACCACAUUAAACUACUUGAGACUUUGGUGUUGUUAUUUUUUCGCAGUUCUGUGCUUUAGAUCUUUCGAACUAACUUUGAGACGGGCAGACUGAGAAAUUAAUGAAAGCUUUUUGCUCCUUCUUAUUACAGCAAUGAAUAAAUAUAUUUCAAAAGCAUAUUAUAUUAAAUUCUGUACAAUUAACGGAAAGGACAUCUGUAUUCAGGACCACACACAAAUCAUUUAUGAACGCAACGCUUCUGGAUAAGCAAACCGUGCACGAGUUUUUCGCUUCCCGAUGAGUUGGAACUCAAACUCACUUGAAUGCUUGUUUCGAAAGUAUUGAACCUCGUACCUUCGGACUUCUUGGAAUUUAUUUCUGUAUAGAGAUGCAGUCUUUUGUGUAAUUGCUAAGCGUUGAAUGUUCAUACACUGCUCCAAUCGUAAAGCAAUGCACAAGUCAUGUGAUAAUUUUGGCGGAAUGGAUGACGGAAGUGACAUUGACAUAGACUGCCUUGCAUGGUCUAGUCUGGGCAACACAUGCCAUGAAUUACUAAUUCCACUAUGCAUCUAUUAAUUAUUUUUUUAAAACAUUCAUGUUGAAAUGCACAAAUGAUAUCAUGUCAGUUUUGUUUUUGAUAACUCCACAGAAACCACAAGUCCAGCUCCUCAGUCGACUCAAGUCUACAGCCCCAGCAGUAGCUCAGGUAAGCGUUGCCAGGGGGAGUAGUUACCUUUAGUCUGUAACACACGGCUUUAUUGACGGCUUACCUGCGUUGUUAAUAUAAUUGGCCGCCAUUAAAAGAUUCAAAAGCUGACAUUUCGAGCGUUAGCCUCUCGUCAGAGCGAAUCAACAGCUAGACAUGAGCUUCACAUAUACGGAAGACAAGCCACGCUAAAGAUCAUUUUACUCAAUGUAAACCCUAGACGAAGUCCCGCGUUUGUAUAACUCCUCGUGUCUAGUUGAACUAUGUAAACGCUAGAAAAUGUCUCUAAUGCUGAAAUAUAAAAUACUCUGCUUCUGAUGUUCUUAUUGUUUCAAGCAAUUCCGGCUAUCAUUUCAUAAUCCUCCCAAUUUCCUUCCGGUUGGAAGUGAAGGUAACUCUUCCUGGUGCAAUAAAAAAGAAAAUAAAUUAUAGCAAAUGUCAAAUAGGUAACAAUAAUAAAAGCCACAAAGUGCUAUAUGGCACUUUCAGUAAUGAGAAGUCUUAAGGUAAGAUAACUCCACAGAAACCACGACAAGUCCAGUUCCUCAGUCGACUCAAGUCUACAGCUCCGGCAGCAACUCAGGUAAGCUGGCGUUCCCCGGGGAAGUAGUCAUUCGUACUAUGUAACACACAAAUCAUUGCUGCACGCAACGCUUCUGGAUAAGCAAACCGUGCACAACUUUUUCACUGCCCGAUGAGCUGGAACCCUCUUGAAUGCUUGUCUCGAAAGUAUUGGACCUUGUACCCUCGGAUUUCUUGGAAUUGAUUACUAUUUUAAGAUGCAGUCUUUUGUGUGAAUUGGUAAGCGUUGGAUCUUCAUACACUGCUCCAGUCGUAAAGAAAUGCACAAGCUACGUGAUAAUUUCACCGGAAUGGAUGACGGAAGUAACAUCGACAUAGACUGCCUUGCAUGGUUUAAUCUGGACAACAUCUGUCAUGAAUUACUAAUCCCGCUAUGCAUAUAUUAGAUUUUUUUCUAAAUUCAUGUUGAAAUGUACAAAUGAUAUCAUGUCAGUUUUAAUUUAUAUGACUCCGCAGAAAACAAGACAAGUCCAGUUCCUCAGUCGACUCAAGUCUACAGCCCCAGCAGCAGCUCAGGUAAGCGUUGCUAGGGGAGUAAUCACCUUGAUAAUGUGAUUGGCCGCCAUUAAGAGAUUUAAAAGCUGAUGUCUGUCUGAGCGUCAACCUCUCGUCAGAGUGAAUCAAAAGCUAGAUAUGAGCUCCUUAUAUACGAACGACAAGCCACGCUAAAAAUCAUUUUACUCUAUGUAAACCCUAGACCAAGGCCCCCUCGUGUCCAGAUGAGCAUGUAAACUCGAGCAAAGUCCCCUAAUUCUUCGCUUCUGAUGUUUGGAUUGUUUCAAGCAAUUCUGGCUAUCAUUUCAUAACCCUUCCAAUUUCUCUCCGACCGGAAGAGAAGGUAACGCUUCCUAGAGCAAUAAAAAAAAAUUUAGGAAAUUUCAUCUAGGAAACAGUGAUAAAGCCACAAAGUGCGACAUGGCACUUUCAAAUAGUGAGAAAGUCUUAAAACUUGCUCCUAAAUAUUAGCGAUAAAAAUUCCCUCCAACUCAAAAUUUCUAUGGUCUACAUAAAGAGCAAGUAGCCUUCAAAAUAUAUAGGGACAACUAGCAAAGUCCGCAUCAAAACUUCUGAGCCUAUUAGUUACAAAGUCUCACCUUUUGAGCAGCCAUAUUGGAUUUCAAUACGUUCGCUACCUCGUAGAAUACAUUUGUGAAUAUGCACAACGCCUCUGAAUAGGCUUGAAGUUUUGAGGUUGAACCGAUGCUUGUUUAUCAUUGUUAAUAUUUAUAGUAUACCUGCUCAUAAACUAAGACACGACUAGUUUCUCCGUCAACUAAGGUCUACAACAGUAAGGAGAAAUACCAGUAGUGAGUAGUUCUGACAUUAGCUUUUUCUCAUUUUUUGCGUGCUCACUUCUUGCAUAUCAUUCUCACCUGCUGGCUUUAUUUUCCAGGUCCAGGAGGGAAGACAGUAGGGAUUGUACUAGGGGUUCUGUUGCCCAUCGCAUUUUUUAUAACUGCCGGUUUAUUUUACUAUUUUAAAUGUCGUAAAAAGCCUACACCAUCAAAAUCAAUAGGAGGUAAUGGCGAAGAAAUGGCUUUCGCUGGAGUACAAAAUAAUAGCGAACAAAUGGCUCACAAUGAAGCGCCAACUCAACCAGACAGCUGAAUGGCAGCCUGAAAAGUGAGUUACUUCGUGGGAAAAUCAAGUACCAGUCCCACGUCGGUCAGUCUUGGAUGAGCACAUUUUUCAAUUAAAUUCCUCGUAUUGCAAUUUGUACUGAGACUCUUAUAAAGUAUUAUUGCCAGAUGAGACAAAACCUUCCUACGGGGUGAAGCGAUACGUGACGAGUACAAACGUUAACUCAUAUUUUGGAGCCACUUUUGUGGCCGAUUUCUAAGUUACGUGAUUUUAUGUUACGUGAUUUUUCGUAUGUUGCUGAUUUCUCGUAUGUUAUGUUGUCACUGAGUCAGACGCAAUCGAGGCAGCGACACUGGAUGUUUAUGUUUACGGUGCGCUCAAAGAAAAACGAG